AUGCCACCCCGGUUAAGAAUCGCCCCGUUCCAUCAGAUUCCUCGAUGCCAACAUGAACUCCGAAUUGCCAGGAGCGCAAGCAGCGCUGCUCCGGCAGUCACACCCGCAGCUCCCAUUGAGCAAAUGACACACUCACCAGCGCCGGUUUCGAGGUUCCCUCCUGCCCAGCCGCCCUCGCACCGCAACCCUGAAUACCGUCGGUCGCAACUUUUGCGGUCAUACACCUCCCUUAUCCGCACAUCUCCUCUCAUGGUGAUCUUCCAACACCACAACCUCAAGUCCAUGGAAUGGGCCGCCAUCCGCCGAGAACUAGCGAACGCAUUGAAAAAGGUCGAUGACAAGAUCGCUGCCGAAGGACGGACAGCCCCGGCGAUCGCUCCCUAUAUCAAGAUCCAGACCAUCCAGACCAGCAUCUUCGAGGUCGCCCUGCGUAUAGUCGAGUACUUCAAGCCCAGCGAUGCCUCGCUGGCCUCGGGAAAGCCUCCCAACGCGACUGACCCCGUGACACAAACCUCCGCGGAGCUGCCCGCGGUUUCAGGCUCCAGGGAUGAUCCUUCUUUGACACACGACUUGUCCCGGACCGCCCACAACGCCAUCAAGAAUUCGAAGGGCAUGCACGAGCUUUCCCCUCUGCUCGUUGGCCCCGUUGCUAUUCUUUCCAUCCCCACCGUCUCGCCCGAGCACAUGAAGGCUGCGCUGUCAAUUCUCACCCCCAAGGAAGCCGGCUUCCCUGCCCCUACCCGCAAGGCCAACCCGGACUACCACGACCCCAUUGUUCAGAACGGUCUGCGCAAGAUUAACUUGUUGGCUGCCCGUGUGGACAACCAGGUCUUUGAUGUCGAUCAGACUAAGUGGGUUGGUAGCAUCGAGGGUGGUAUGGAUGGCCUCCGCUCUCAACUUGUCACUGCCUUGCAGAGCAUGAGCUCCAGCGUUGCCACUACCCUGGAGGGAGCUGGCAAGAGUGUGUAUUUCACACUGGAGAGCCGCCGAAGCGUUUUGGAGGAGGAGCAGAAGGGACCAGAGGACAAGAGCGAAUCGUCCUAA